CCCACCAGACAGUUGGUUUGGUCAUCAACUUUCUUGAUCUACCUCAACAGCUGUAAGUCUAAACUUGCAUCCCCUCAGUUGUACAGCAACUCAUAGCGAGUAGGGAAAAGGGGACUUUAAACUUGGACAGAGCAGUGUGGCCCCUUUCCCUUCGAACCAGAGGCACAGAUUUGCGACAGGGAGAGAGAAGACACUUAGGCAGGGAGAGAAAAGGAGAAAAGACUUUGUGGGAAGCUUGCUGCAGUCACUGAGAAAAGAAGACCCUGGGACAGAGACCCUGUGUGUUCACAUUGCAGAACAUCCAAUUUUAUCGAUAUAUUUUUUUUCAUAUCAGGGGAAGAAUAUUCACUGAACAGAAAUCUCACUACCUGGAAACAUGCACAGGCGCACAAAGAUAAAGAUUGCCAUCUUCGUGUUGCUGGUGGGUAUGGCUUGCAUGUUCACAGCGGUGGUAACGGACUACUGGGCAGUGCUAAGCCCAAGGGUGGACAAAGUCAAUGAGACUUGCGAGGCGGCCCACUUCGGCCUGUGGAGGCUGUGCAAGAAGUAUAUUUACAUCAGCUCAGAAAACUUUGAUCAGGGGCAUGUCUGUGGACCCAUCAGCCUGCCUGGAGAGGAAAACUGCACUUACUUCAGACACUUCACUCCAGGACUGGAUACUGAGAUAUUUGAACAUAAAACACAAAAAGAGUACAACAUCUCAGCUGCAGCCAUUUCCAUCUUCAGUCUAGCCUUCAUCAUCCUGGGGUCUCUGUGUUUGAUGGGAUCUUGUACCGGUAAAGGCAAAGGAAGAGACUACCUCCUCAAACCUGCUGGCAUGUUUUUUGCAUUUGCAGGUCUCUGUGCCUUCAUCUCACUGGAGGUGAUGCGUCAAUCAGUCAAACGCAUGAUCGACAGCGAGGAUACAAUCUGGAUUGAACACUACUACGCCUGGUCCUUCGCUUGUGCCUGCGCCGGCUUUGUCCUCCUCUUUCUCACUGGCAUCACACUCCUGAUCCUGUCCAUGCCCCAGAUGCCCAGGAAUCCAUGGGAGACUUGCAUGGACGCCGAGCCAGAGCAAGUCGAGUGAUCGCUAGACAGACAGAUGAAUACAGGAUAUGAGAAGAGUGACUGUGUCUUUUGUUUUGAGUACAGAUGUUAGAUGUAAUUUCAAGAACAAGAGCUGGCCAUAAAAGGAUAACGUCAUGAUGACAGAAACUGGUUUGGGGGUUGAUGGACUGUAGCGAUGAUGGGAGAUUUACCUCCCUGCAAUUAUACAACUUGAAUAUGGGGCUUCUGUCGGAGUUUUGAAUGUUUGCGUUAUCCUGGAUGCCUACUCAGAGUGUAAAUAUAGCAGCCCUCUUCUACACCUCCAUAGGUAUGUUGGAGAGCAUAGCUCAAAUCUGACCUGAGGCCUAAAAACCACCACAGCCUACUUCUCAGAAACUUGGUCCAAAUACCAUUUGCAAUUAUUUGUUAGCACUUUUAGUGUGCUUCCAUUUUUCUCUACAGCUCUAAUCAUUUACUGCCGGCGUAUUUAAAAAGAAAUGCAAAAAAUGAUUAAUCACAUGCCACUGUUAUGUGACAUGGUCUAGUUUGGUCUCCCAAAUGUCAUCAUUAUGCACAACUUAGUUAAAAAGACAUUAAGAUUUAAGAUAAAUUUACAUUUUGAGAAUAUAGUGCAUACAGUUAUGGCCUGACAUCUACAGUAGAUGACUUUAUGUGAUUUUAUGUACUGCAUUAUGUAUGAUAUCUUGUACAUAUCUAAUUUUCAUCUGUUGAUUUUUGUAUGGCAUCGCUCAAGGAAUCACCUACUUACUUAAUUGAUAUUUCUUAUCAAUUAAGUAAGAGAAGUCCAGACAUAUGUAUUCAAAUGUUAAGUUUUAUAUUUCUAAGAUGUAUUAAGAGCCUUUAAAGAUGAAGAAUCUCCCAGUAAAAUAAGAACGUCAUAAAUAAAUGAUUUUGAGCAAAGCAGUA